AUGUCAUCUCCAAUUGAAGUGCUCAUCUUCGGUGCCGGCGCCGUGGGAGCUUUCUAUGGCUCUCGUCUCGCUCAAGCACCAAACGUCCACGUAUCCUGCGUCUGCCGCUCAAACUACUCCGCCGUGUCCAGCAAUGGCUUCCACGUAACUUCACCGCAAUACGGCGACUAUAGUUGGACACCUACGCGUGUGUUCCCGAACCCGAAAGAGGCAGAGAAGAGUAAUGUGCGCUGGGACUACAUCGUUGUCAGUACAAAAGCGUUGCCGGACGUUAGCGACGACUCGAAGCAGUUGGAAGGAUUGGUGAAAGACAAGACGGCGAUUGUUCUGAUCCAGAACGGACUGGGUGUUGAAGAGGGAUAUGCGAAACGCUUCCCUUCUGCAGCAAUCCUGAGUGCCGUCACGGUCAUCAGUGCUGCCCAAGAACAACAUGGCGAGAUCAAGCACAACCGCUGGACGCGCAUAAACAUAGGUCCUUACCUUCCCUCUGGCCCUUCGUCCCAAGCAGAACAGCAGAAUGCAAAGUUCGCAGAGCUGUUGCAACAGGGAGGUGUCAAAGAUGCAGAAGCCUAUACACAUGCCAAACUCCAACUCGUGCGUUGGCACAAACUCGCCAUCAAUGCAUCCAUGAACCCCAGCAGUGUCCUUAGCAAUGGUAGUACGAACGCCGCCAUGGCUUUGGACCCAGAACUAUCUCAUCACCUACACGCGACUAUGCUCGAGAUCCUGACCACAGCACCAAAGAUCAUCGGUCAAGACUUCCCACGAGAGUUCGCUUCCGCAGACAAACUGCUCGCAUCAACGAGGAAGAACACGUCUGGCUCAAGACCGAGUAUGUGGCUGGAUUGGGAAGCGGGCAAGAAGAUGGAACUGGAAGUCAUACUUGGCAACCCGAUACGGAUUGCUAGAGAAAAGGGGUUCGAGAUGCCGAGGCUGCAGACAUUGUACGCAUUAUUGAAGAUGGCGCAGACGAACAGAGACAAGCAGGCAGAUGGCAAAGCCAAGGCAAAGCUGUGA